AUGGACAAGCGGUUUUUGUCCUCCGACGAAAAUGCACCCAUUAACAACCCCAGACUUCUCGAGAGCGGCCUAUUCUCCGACGUCACCGUUAGAUGCGGCGACAGAACAUGGAACCUUCACAAGAACAUCCUCUGUUCACGCAGCAUCUGGUUCGAAAAGGCCCUCACCGGCAACUUCGAAGAGGCCAAGUCCGGCAUCGUCAACAUCGAGAACUUUGAGCCCGAAGCCAUCGACAGUCUCAUCCGGUACAUCUACACCGGCAUCUGCGACAUCCCCGCCCUGUCGCCCACCACCGCCAAGACCAACUUCGUCUCCUGCUUUGAGGUGUACACAGUCGGCGAUUACUUCGCUCUCUCCUCCCUGACCAAAAUUGCCCUGGACACUUUAACCGUUGAAUUCGACAGCAAGAUCGCUCCCUUACAACUAAACUACGACUCCGGCACUCCUACCUCUGAAAGCGGUAUCUCACCCGACUGGCUCCCCGAGCUCUUCGAAGCCAUCCGCCUCGUCUACGCCGACAUCCCCCUCUCCGACACGUCGCACACCGCCCCCCGUCUACGCGCCGCUUUCUUGUCGUUCGUCCACGCCGCCAGGUUUUAUUUCCUGCAAAAUGAGCACUUCAACGCCUUCCUCGAUGAAGUCCCCACUUUCGCGCUGGACGUCUUCCGCAUCAUGCGCCACACGGGCGAUUUCGUCGCCAACCUGCCUGAUGCGCACUGCUCGUUCUGCAAGAGCAAGCCGACCAGGGCUGAGAAGGGAUAUUACACCCAUUUGGCGACGGAGAAGCUGAAGUUGACGGCUGCUUGCUCUACUUGUGCCAACAAGAAAGAUUUUAGUGCGGGUUGGACGGAUUGGAGUGGGAAGGUUAGGGCUGAGAAGGAGAAGGCGGAGAGGGAGAGGGAGAAAGUGGCAGGACCUGCGCCGCAGUUUUUGGAUGAGGCGUCUGAUGAAGAGAGCAACGCAAGCGAGAUCAGCAGCGACACUGACUUUGAGGGCCAAGAGGUUGAGAGCGAGAACGAGAGCAGCAGCUCCAGCUCCAGCUCCAGCUCCAGCUCCAGCGAAAGUGACAACGGCAUCAACGACGACCUCGACGCCCUAGAGCUAGCAUGGUAUCUCGACAACAACAACAACAACAACAACAACAACAACAACAACAACCAUGAGCCUCAGGAGGAUUACGAAGAAAAUCCCUGGCCCGACUUUCUCCAACUGGAUCCAACAACAAUCUUUGGCCACCACGAGAACGAGAACCAGAACGGGGCGGACAUGGAGAUCUACCAAUAUGGCCCGCCCAUCGACCCCAUCCCCCACGCGGGUGAUUGGAUGAUUUCUCACGAAUGGGCGCUCCAUAUGGCGACCCACAGACUGCCGCCUCCCGGGGUACCCAGAUACGACGGUAGUUGGGUGUGGGAAUACUCGCCAUUCAAUGACUGUUGGGACGUCUGGUCGUCUUCUGGGACCUAUAUGCCUGAUAUCCGGCUGCGUUGGGACCACUAUCAUGGCGGGUAUCUCAUGAGCGGGUACGGGCCUGGGUGGGACUGA